GGAGGGGGGGGAGAGAGGGAGAGAGAGAGGUGCCUCUGUAUGUUUGUUUCACCUCCUCUAAUCAGUUUUCCUGGGGGAUGCGUGUUGUCGACUGCAGCAGAAGAAGAAGGUGGUAAAAGAAGACGACGGAGGACAGUUCAGUUGAGCCCGGCUGAAAGAUCUUAUUUCAUCACUAUAAGUCUGGUCAACACACACAACAAUGGACCUCCUUCUCUCCACUCCGUGCAACAUUCAGAUUUGUGAGGUUACCUGUGACUCUUUCCGCAUCAUGUGGGACAUGUCGCCAGAGGACACAGCCAGAGCCACACACUUCUUCAUCGACCUGAGCCGGAAGGAGAGCAAAGAUCCGAACCGCUUCAAACACAGGGAUGUGCCGACCAAGCUGGUGGCCAAGGCCGUGCCUCUUCCAAUGGCAGUGAGAGGACACUGGUUCCUCAGCCCGCGGACAGAGUACUGUGUCGCAGUUCAAACCGCUGUCCGACAACCAGAUGGUGAUUACCUGGUGUCAGAGUGGAGUCAGGUGGUGGAGUUCUGCACUGGAGACUACGCCAUUGAACAUCUCCAGCAGCUUCUAGACAAAGCCAAAGGCUCCACAGGAAGGCUGCUGAAAUUCUCUGUGUUUUAUCGGAACCAGCAGCCAGACUACUUUGACUACGUCAGGGAGGAAUGUGGAGGAGUGAUGCGUCCAGCUCUGAAGGACAACAGUGGGAGUCACGGUUCUCCUAUUAAUGGGAAACUUCAAGGAGUCUUCUUCAGCUGCAACACAGAGUUUGAUACAGGUCUCCCCCCCAAAGACUCCCCCUACGGUCCGUUGCGUUUUCAGAUCCUGAACCCCAACAUCUGCUUGUACUUCGCAGACUUCUACUGUAUGUACACAGCCUACCACUAUGUGGUGCUGGUGUUGGCACCGGUCGGUUCAGAGGGAGACAACUUCUGUCGCACUCGUCUGCCUAUGCUCGACUUGUUCUGCAAUCCUUUCCUGACCUACUGUGCUCCCCAGAACCAUGGGGAGGAGCCUGUGUACUGCCACGCCAGUGAUGUCAUCUUGGAAGUGCUUUUCACCGAUCCAGUUCCUUUGGAUCGAGGCAGCGUGGAGCAAAUUAGUGGACACCACCAGCUCAUGAGUUUGGCAACAGCUAAUGCCAAGAAGGACCCGAGCUGCAAAGUGUGCAACAUUAGUGUGGGACGCUGAGGUCAGAUGAUGAUUCUGGCAGAUGUGCCAGUGAUUGAGUCACAAUGGUGAAGUCACGGUGAACAGUUGUGUGUGUAGGUUAAAGCACAGAGGAAAUAUCUCACCUGUUAGUUGGUGUGCAGCAUGUUGUCUCCUCCUUCCCUCUUUCCUGGACUAGAACAUUGAGUUUUAGACUAGUUAGUGUUACUCUGAAAAUUCAUCACAGUCACAGCUGGAGACAUAGUUAACCCACAGCUAAGAUAUAAAUAUUCAAAACAAAACAAGGGAAACUUAGAAAUCAAGGUACACAAUCUAAAGUCUUCUUUGCUUCUUUCAACACUACAUCUCACAUUUGAUGAGUUCAUGCAGCAUAUCCUGAAACGCAUGCGGAUCAUUAAAAAAGUACAGGAAGUACAGGAAGACACAUGAGCUACCGACUUACAAAUCUUGUUCAAUAAAUCUUUUAAUGCAACUCACACUGUGAAAGUAAAUAAUCUGUGAUGUGAAGUCACUGCUCACAAAUAAUGAAAGCUUUUAUUGGCUUUUGUCAAUAAGGUGCUAAUAUUCUUUUUCUUUUUGUUACA